AUGAACAGUUCUCACACUACAAAGUCCUGUGUGCUCAUCCUGCUAGUGGCCCUACUGUGUGCAGAAAGAGCUCAGGGACUCAAGUGCUACCAUUGCCUGGGGGUCCCUCUUGAGACUUCCUGCCCUUCAGCUACUUGCAUCUACCAAAAUGGAGUCUGUAUUACUUAUAAGGUAGAAGUUAUUUUCAGCUUUGAAAGAAGCAUAAAAAAGAGCAGUUUCUGCCUUCCAAACUGCCCUCCUGAUUUUGGAAGUGCCAGUACUCCUGUAAAUGUGACUACUUUCUGUUGCAAGGAAGACCUCUGCAAUGCAGCAGUCCCCACUGGAGGCAGCACCUGGACCAUGGCAGGGGUGCUUCUGUUCAGCCUGGGGUCAGUCCUCCUGCAGACCUCAUUGUGAUUAACCUUCCACCGACCACCACCGUUGUCCUUUUAUCC